AUGUCGCAUGCUGUGGUGGCACCAGCUCCAAAAGGCUAUCUUGGAGCUGCGGAGAUUUUGGGGAAGAGUAAGAGCAACAGCUACGAGUCUGGAAAAUCUGCUGUACGAGGAAUAACUAAAAAGCACCUGACGUUCCAGAACCUGCAGGAGCACCUCGACCGGUUGCUAGCAGAGGAGAAUGGCUCUGAAGACAGCCAAGAUCAGUUAACAGAGGGCCGGCUCGGUCCCUCUACUGUGGUGCUUGACCACACGAGUGGCUUUGAGGGGCUCCUGCUGGUUGAUGAUGACUUACUUAGGCGGGGGGGCGGGGAUGUGGCACCUGAUGGGAGUGAGCUGGUGCUGCUGGUGCUCUUCCCAGAAGAUCUCCACCUCCUGCAGUGUCAGCUCCGUGGUGAGGGGCACUUGCAGGAGGAGGGCCAGAAAGAGCUGGGGGAAGAUGGCCUGGGCCUCCUUCAGGACCAGAGGCAGCUGGAGUAUCUCCGGCAGAGCUUUCUGAAGUGCUCCUGUGUGUGUUUAUUCCCUAGAAAGCACCUGACGUUCCAGAACCUGCAGGAGCACCUCGACCGGUUGCUAGCAGAGGAGAAUGGCUCUGAAGACAGCCAAGAUCAGUUAACAGAGGGCCGGCUCGGUCCCUCUACUGUGGUGCUUGACCACACGAGUGGCUUUGAGGGGCUCCUGCUGGUUGAUGAUGACUUACUUAGGGUGAUUGGCCACAGUAACUUUGGCUCUAUCAGGGCCACAAUGUGCGUGUACAAAGGGAAAUGGAUUUAUGAGGUGCUUAUCUCCUCCCAGGGACUCAUGCAGAUUGGCUGGUGUACUCUCAACUGCAGAUUUAAUCAGGAGGAAGGAGUUGGAGAUACGCCAGAUUCCUAUGCGUAUGAUGGCAAUAGGGUGCGCAAGUGGAACGUGACCACUACCAACUAUGGCAAAUCUUGGGCUGCAGGAGACAUCGUCAGCUGCCUGAUAGACCUUGAGGAAGGCACUAUUGCUUUCUGCCUGAAUGGCAUCUCUCUAGGAACUGCUUUUGAUAACAUCACGAGAGGUGCUGGAAUGGCUUACUUCCCUGCCAUCAGUCUCUCGUUCAAAGAGUCUGUUGCUUUUAACUUUGGAAGCCGUCCACUUCGUUAUCCAGUGGAAGGCUACCGCCCCUUGCAAGAUCCUCCUGUUGCAGACCUCGUGAAGGCUCGCAAGCUGCUGGGCUUCCUGAAGAAUGUGAUCCAUAUCGGGAUCGAUGUGACGGAGGGGAAGCUGGUGGAGAAGGAUGCAUCCACGUGGCAGCUGCAGGGAGAACCCACAGUGCUGAUUACAUUGGCCCACAUCUUCAAUUAUUUCUCCCCUCUUAUGUGCAAGGUGUAUCUGGUGGAAGAUGUGCUCAUGACCUUCCUGUUGAGCAUCCUGGAGCGAGGUGGGGCAGUGGAGGCCCAUCCCCUUAUUCAGCAGCUGCUGGAUCUCAUGUGGCUUCUCAUGGAGGAAUAUGAAGUGCACGAGUGCCUCAAGCAGCUACUGAUGUCACUGCUACGGGCCUACAGGUUCUCUCCUAUCAUCCCAGACCUAGGAUUACAAAUUCACUACCUCCGGCUCACCAUUGCAGUCCUGAAGCAUGAGAAAUCCAGGAAAUACCUCCUCAGCAAUGUUCUCUUUGAUGUGCUCCGUUCAGUUGUGUUCUUCUACAUUAAGAGCCCGCUGCGUGUGGAGGAGGCUGGUUUGCAGGAGCUCAUUCCCACCACGUGGUGGCCGAACCGCUUCACCAAGGAGGGCAAGGAGAGCAAGGAGGUGAAGGAGGAGAGUGCUGAGGAAAGACUGAGGCGGCGGGCGUAUGAAAGAGGCUGCCAGCGGCUCAAGAAGUGCAUUGAAGGUCUGUGAGGAAGGAGAGAGAUUGCCAAGAUCCCAUUCUUUGUGUGCAGCCAGAGGGAUCAACCCACGAGCUGUUUCCAAAUCGCCUUCCAGACCUGACAUGCAGCUGUGUUCCCAUCACAAAGGCUGCACUGCAGAGGCAGAGGCCAGCCAUGGCCACUGUCACCUG